AAUUCACAACUGAUGACCGGCUGUUUGCAGCUUGUUUCAUUAAAGUCCAUGAUAUUUUGAUUAUAAAAUCUCUAACGGAGCACGUUUCAUUUUUAACUAAUUUCAAUUUUUCAUAUUAUACAAUCGAACGAACAUUACCUAAAUGUUAAUAUUUUACUAGCAAUUAAACUUUAAAGUGUUUUAAUACUGACGUAUGUUUCUCUUAAUAAUUAUCAAGAUUUAAGAUUUCCUAGUUUACAAAUAGCUGAAACGUCAGUAUUUAAAACAUUUGUAAAAAGAAAUUUCUCACAAUGGCUGGAAAAAAGAAACCAACGUCUAAAGUCUCAAAGUCAGUUAAAAAUAUAAAUAAACAAGAAGAACUAGAUAUUCUUAAUAAAUCUCCAGAAAUCAACAAAAGUAGUGAAGGAAAAGAUGGUAAAAAUGAUGCAAUAGAAAAUUUACUUAAAGUUACAAAAUCUAAACAAAAACAAUUGCCAAAUGAAGCAAUUUCUGAUGGUGUUGUUAAAAAUGAGAAAAUUAAUAGACAACAUAAGCAUGAAGUCGAUUAUAAGGCUAAACCUACCACAUCUACAAGUUUAAAAGCAAAAAUUGGACCGAAAAGGAAAGCUUCCCUUGAUCAAGUACCUGAAGCAAAGAAAAAAAAAUCUGAUAAGGCAUCUGGAAUAAUUGCAAUAGAUAAUCGAACUGAAACUCCUGGUAUUGUAAUGAUUAAAGGGAGAGACAUUGUUAUUGGAGGGUUAUUCGGAUUGGGUCCAGAUAGAGAACAACUCACCAAUCUUACUGAAUUAAAAAAUUUAAAGUUUAAAUUAAUAUCAGCUGGAAGUAUGCAUGUCUUAGGUGUAACUGACGAUGGAAAACUUAUGUCAUGGGGUUGUAAUGAUGAAGGUGCACUAGGACGAGAUACUUCUGUUGAAGACAGUGAAACAAGACCUGGUAUUGUUCACAUAUUUGAAGAAAACUCAGAAAUCUAUAGUAUAUCAGCUGGAGGAUCUCAUUCUGCAAUACUUUUUAGUAAUGGAAAUGUGUAUGCAUGGGGAACUUUUAGAGACAAAAAUGGUGAUAUGGGUUUUCACCCAAAUGGUCAAAGGCAACUAACUCCUAAAUUUGUCAUGGGUAAUGUUAGAAAAAUUGCUUCAGGAAUUAAUCAUUUAGUCAUGCUAUCAAAAAAUAAAGUUUACACCAUGGGUUGUGGAGAUGAAGGGCAAUUAGGUAGAAUAUGCCAGAGACAUUCUAACAGAGAGUCAAGAGUUGGAAAACAAUUACUUUUAAUACCUCAAUUGUUAAGUUUACGCAAAAAAGUUGAAGAUAUUUGGGCAAACUAUGAUACUACAUUUUUGCGUGUCUCAGAUUCUACUGUUUAUUCAUUUGGACUUAAUGCAUAUGGCCAGUUGGGUAUUGAAAAUGAUGAAAGAUGUGUUUACUUCCCUAAAUUAUCCCAAUCUCUUAGUCGUUUAAAAAUUAAGUCUAUAUCAGCAGGAACCCAACAUGUUACUUUAUUGGAUGAACAAGGAGCUGUCUAUGUUUUGGGUGAUUAUAGAGAUGGUCGCUUAGGAAUGGAUGUUGCUGAAAAUCAAAAAGUUCCUAAAGUACUACCAUCAUUACCUCAAGUUAAAAUUGCAACAUGUGGCUCAGAUAAUAACUUUGUUAUUACAGAAAAUAAUAAAUUAAUGGCUUGGGGUAUUGGUUUUGAAGAAAAAGAUGAUACUGAUGUUAUUUAUUAUGCACCCACAGACAUAGAUGCUGCUAAUAAGUUAGACCAAAAGACUGUUGUUCAAGCAACAUCUUCUGAUACUGCUGUAUUUCUUUUAUUAAAAGAUUAACAUUAAGACUUUAAUUUUUUUUAUAUAUACAAAAUAUUUUUCUGGUAAAUAAUUCCCCUGUUUUUAUAUAAUUUGUACACAUUUUGAAAAAAAUAACAUGAACAAAGUAUUAUUUGUUCCA